AUGUCUCAGUCAGCCGUAGAGGUUCCGCCAAAGGGUGGUUUCAGCUUCGAUCUGUGCAAGAGAAAUGAUAUGCUUAUUCAAAAGGGUCUUAAAGCUCCCUCUUUCCUGAAGACUGGAACAACCAUCGUCGGUUUGAUUUUCAAGGACGGUGUGAUACUAGGAGCCGAUACCAGGGCAACUGAGGGACCCAUUGUUGCUGAUAAGAACUGUGAGAAGAUCCAUUACAUGGCACCCAACAUCUAUUGCUGUGGUGCAGGAACCGCUGCUGACACUGAAGCAGUAACUGAUAUGGUCAGCUCGCAGCUGCGGUUGCACCGUUACCAGACUGGCAGAGACUCUCGGGUUAUCACUGCUUUGACCCUUCUCAAGAAGCAUCUUUUCAGCUAUCAAGGUCAGGUCUCAGCUGCUCUUGUGCUUGGUGGAGUUGAUAUCACUGGACCUCAUCUUCAUACUAUAUACCCACACGGUUCAACCGAUACUCUACCAUUCGCUACAAUGGGUUCUGGUUCUCUUGCUGCUAUGUCCGUGUUUGAGGCAAAGUACAAAGAAGGUCUAACUAGGGAAGAAGGAGUGAAGCUGGUCGCUGAAGCCAUAUGCUCGGGUAUAUUCAAUGACCUGGGAAGUGGUAGCAACGUCGACAUCUGCGUCAUCACAAAGGAGGGCAAGGAAUAUCUGAGGAAUUACAUGGAACCAAACCCAAGAACCUAUGUCAGCAGCAAGGGCUAUUCAUUCACCAAGAAAACCGAGGUCCUUCUCACCAAAAUCACACCAUUGAUGGAGCGAGUUCAGAUUACAGAAGUGGGUGAAGAUAUGGAGGAAUGA